AUGUCUGUCGAGAAAAAGCCGAUGAAGGAGAGACUUUUUGAUCUCGCUGUAUCGAAUCUGGUGUCGAACGCAAUCGUAAUUGGUGAUCGAUUGGAUCUUUUCAAGACAAUCGCAAAUAUUUCGAGCCCUGAAAAUCCGGUGAAGCCGGCUGAAAUUGCGAAAGAAGCAAACUGCAAAGAAAGAUAUGUUCGAGAAUGGUGCAAUUGUUUAGGAUGUGCGGGAAUUCUCGAAAUGAAUUCCGAUGAGAAAUUUUGGAUUGAUCCCCAAAAUUUGGAGGUGCUCACCACCAAAAGUUUCGAAUUAAUCUUAAACACUUUUGUUCCACCAUUAGUCCAGCCAAUUGAUAAACUUAUUGAAUGUUUUAAGAAAGAAGGCCCUUAUGGGCUUGACUACAAUCUCUUCGACACAUUCCAAGAUAGAAUGACCGAUUUGAGCGAAUGUUUGCACGUCGAUCAUGUAUUCACCAGCAUGCUUCCUCUCAUCGGCAAUAAUAUUGAGGAACGACUGGAAGCUGGAAAAAUUUGUAUGUUGGAUGUUGGAUGCGGAAAAGGAUUCCACAGUCGAUUAUUCGCUGAGAAAUAUCCAAAAUCGAAAUUUGUUGGACUGGAUAUUAGCAAGCAUGCAAUUGAAAUGGCUCGAAACAUCAAUAAGCAGGAUGGAUCGAAGUUUGAGAACCUCGAGUUCAUCGAAUGCGAUGCUAGCAAAAUGCCCGCUUCUUGGACAAAUCAGUUCGAUUUCGUGUUCAUUUUCGAUGCUUGCCACGAUCAAAUGAGACCAGAUUUGUGCAUCAAAGAGAUUCAUCGUGUUUUGAAGCCAGGUGGUGUUUUUACAUUGAUUGAAAUCGAAGGAACCAGCAAUGCUUUCGAGGAUAAGAACAAAUUUGGUCUACGCGCAACAUAUUUGUACGGAGUUUCGAUGUUCCACUGUCUUCCAGUUGGCAGUAAUUGCAAAGAUGCUCUUUGUUACGGUACAAUGUGGGGAGAGAAGCGAGCAACGGAUCUAUUGAAAAAAUGCGGAUUCGCGAAUCCCCAAGAUCUCGCUGUAUCGAAUCUGGUGUCGAACGCAAUCGUAAUUGGUGAUCGAUUGGAUCUUUUCAAGACAAUCGCAAAUAUUUCAAGCCCUGAAAAUCCAGUGAAGCCGGCUGAAAUUGCGAAAGAAGCAAACUGCAAAGAAAGAUAUGUUCGAGAAUGGUGCAAUUGUUUAGGAUGUGCGGGAAUUCUCGAAAUGAAUUCCGAUGAGAAAUUUUGGAUUGAUCCCCAAAAUUUGGAGGAUUUAACAAAAACGAGCUUCGAAAUUGUCGUGAAUUCGUUCAUGCCAUCAAUUGUGAAACCAAUCGACGAUCUCAUCAAAUGUUUCAUACUUGAUGGACCAUAUGGUCUCGAUUAUUCGUGCUACGAAUCCUUCCAGGAUCGAAUGGCAAAAAUGAGCGAAGUGUGGCAUAAGGAGCAUCUAAUUUCGAGCUUACUUCCAUUAAUUGGAAAUGGAAUUAUAGAAAAACUGGAGAAUGGUAUUCAGUUUUUAGAUGUUGGCUGUGGACAAGGGUUUCAUAGUCGUUUGUUGGCCAAAAAGUACCCAAAAUCGAAAUUUAUUGGAUUGGAUAUUAGUGAGCAUGCAAUUGAAAUUGCCAGAAAAACCAAUGAACAAGACGGAUCGAAAUUCGAAAAUCUCGAAUUUAUUGUGUGCGAUGCCAGCAAAAUGCCUGAUUCUUGGACAAAUCAAUGUGAUGUUGUGUUCAUAUUUGAUGCAUGCCAUGAUCAAAUGAGACCAGAUUUGUGUAUUCAAGAGAUCCAUCGAGUACUUAAACCAGAAGGAAUUUUCGCUUUAAUAGAAAUUGAAGGAACUAGCAAUGCUUAUCAAGAUAAGAGCAAGUACGGGCAACGCGCCACUUAUGCUUACGGAGUUUCGAUGUUCCAUUGCCUUCCAGUUGGUAGUAAUUGCAAAGAUGCUCUUUGUUAUGGUACAAUGUGGGGAGAGAAGCGAGCAACGGAUCUGUUGAAGAAAUGCGGAUUCGCGAAUCCGCAAGUCAUUCCGACACCAUUCUUCCCUUCGAAUGUUUUAUAUUUAGCAAUCAAAAAUUAG